AUGGCGCGAUUCUCGCUGCUUUGCUCCUUCUGGCCGUCGGAUCGCGCUCGUGUGAAGGAGCAACAGACUCGGCUCAAGUGGAGCGUCGUGGCCGGGAGUGCUGUGCAGUGGAGCGUCGUGGCCGGGAGUGCUGUGCAGUGGAGCGUCGUGCCCGGGAGUGCUGUGCAGUGGAGCGUCGUGGCCGGGAGUGCUGUGCAGUGGAGCGUCGUGCCCGGGAGUGCUGUGCAGUGGAGCGUCGUGGCCGGGAGUGCUGUGCAGUGGAGCGUCGUGCCCGGGAGUGCUGUGCAGUGGAGCGUCGUGGCCGGGAGUGCUGUGCAGUGGAGCGUCGUGCCCGGGAGUGCUGUGCAGUGGAGCGUCGUGCCCGGGAGUGCUGUGCAGUGGAGCGUCGUGCCCGGGAGUGCUGUGCAGUGGAGCGUCGUGCCCGGGAGUGCUGUGCAGUGGAGGCGUCGUGGCCGGGAGUGCUGUGCAGGUGGAGCGUCGUGCCCGGGAGUGCUGUGCAGUGGAGCGUCGUGGCCGGGAGUGCUGUGCAGUGGAGCGUCGUGCCCGGGAGUGCUGUGCAGUGGAGCGUCGUGGCCGGGAGUGCUGUGCGGUGGUCCGUCGUGGCCGGGAACGGGAGUGCUGUGCUCAUCUGCGUCUGACUUCCCGCUACCCCUGCUCCCCUGCGCCUGCUCCCUGCUCUCAGGCUCCUGCUCCCUUACUCCCCUGCUCCUGCUCCUUUACUCCCCUGCUCCUGCUCCUUUACUCCCCUGCUCCUGCUCCUUUACUCCCCUGCUCCUGCUCCUUUACUCCCCUGAUCCUGCUCCUUACUCCCCUUGCUCCUGCUCCUUUACUCCCCUGCUCCUGCUCCUUUACUCCUGCCCCCCCCCCUCCUGCUCCUCUCUGCUCCUUUACUUCCCUGCUCCUCUCCUUUACUCCCCUGCUCCUGCUCCUUUACUCCCCUGCUCCUGCUCCUUUACUCCCCUGCUCCUGCUCCUUUACUCCCCUGCUCCUGCUCCUUUACUCCCCUGCUCCUGCUCCUUUACUCCCCUGCUCCUGCUCCUUUACUCCCGCUGCUCCUGCUCCUUUACUCCCCUGCUCCUGCUCCUUUACUCCCCUGCUCCUGCUCCUUUACUCCCCUGCUCCUGCUCCUUUACUCCCCUGCUCCUGCUCCUUUACUCCCCUGCUCCUGCUCCUUUACCUCCCCUGCUCCUGCUUCCUUUACUCCCCUGCUCCUGCUCCUUUACUCCCCUGCUCCUGCUCCUUUACUCCCUGCUCCUGCCUUUACUCCCUGCUCCUGCUCCUUUACUCCCCUGCUCCUGCUCCUUUACUCCCCUGCUCCUGCUCCUUUACUCCCUGCUCCUGCUCCUUUACUCCCCUAGCUCCUGCUCCUUUACUCCCCUGCUCCUGCUCCUUUACUCCCUGCCUCCCUGCUCCUUUACUCCCUGCUCCCUGCUCCUUUACUCCCCUGCUCCUGCUCCUUUACUCCCCUGCUCCUGCUCCUUUACUCCCCUGCUCCUGCUCCUUUACUCCCCUGCUCCUGCUCCUUUACUCCCCUGCUCCUGCUCCUUUACUCCCUGCUCCUGCUCCUUUACUCCCCUGCUCCUGCUCCGUUACCCUGCUCCUGCGCUUUACUCCCCUGCUCCUGCUCCUUUACUCCCCUGCUCCUGCUCCUUUACUCCCCUGCUCCUGCUCCUUACUCCCCUGCUCCUGCUCCUUUACUCCCUGCUCCUGCUCCUUUACUCCCUGCUCCUGCUCCUUACUCCCCUGCUCCUGCUCCUUACUCCCCUGCUCCUGCUCCCUUACUCCCCUGCUCCUGCUCCUUACUCCCUGCUCCUGCUCCCUUACUCCCCUGCUCCUGCUCCUUUACUCCCCUCCCCUGCUCCUGCUCCUUACUCCCCUGCUCCUGCUCCUUUACUCCCCUGCUCCUGCUCCUUUACUCCCCUGCUCCUGCUCCUUUACUCCCCUGCUCCUGCUCCUUUACUCCCCUGCUCCUGCUCCUUUACUCCCCUGCUCCUGCUCCUUUACUCCCCUGCUCCUGCUCCUACCUGCUCCUGCUCCUUUACUCCCCUGCUCCUGCUCCUUUACUCCCCUGCUCCUGCUCCUUUACUCCCCUGCUCCUGCUCCUUUACUCCCCUGCUCCUGCUCCUUUACUCCCCUGCUCCUGCUCCUUUACUCCCCUGCUCCUGCUCCUUUACUCCCCUGCUCCUGCUCCUUUACUCCCCUGCUCCUGCUCCUUUACUCCCCUGCUCCUGCUCCUUUACUCCCCUGCUCCUGCUCCUUUACUCCCCUGCUCCUGCUCCUUUACUCCCCUGCUCCUGCUCCUUUACUCCCCUGCUCCUGCUCCUUUACUCCCCUGCUCCUGCUCCUUUACUCCCCUGCUCCUGCUCCUUUACUCCCUGCUCCUGCUCCUUUACUCCCCUGCUCCUGCUCCUUUACUCCCCUGCUCCUGCUCCUUUACUCCCCUGCUCCUGCUCCUUUACUCCCCUGCUCCUGCUCCUUUACUCCCCUGCUCCUGCUCCUUUACUCCCCUGCUCCUGCUCCUUUACUCCACUGCUCCUGCUCCUUUACUCCCCUGCUCCUGCUCCUUUACUCCCCUGCUCCUGCUCCUUUACUCCCUGCUCCUGCUCCUUUACUCCCCUGCUCCUGCUCCUUUACUCCCCUGCUCCUGCUCUUUACUCCCCUGCUCCUGCUCCUUUACUCCCCUGCUCCUGCUCCUUUACUCCCCUGCUCCUGCUCCUUUACUCCCCUGCUCCUGCUCCUUUACUCCCCUGCUCCUGCUCCUUUACUCCCCUGCUCCUGCUCCUUUACUCCCCUGCUCCUGCUCCUUUACUCCCCUGCUCCUGCUCCUUUACUCCCCUGCUCCUGCUCCUUUACUCCCCUGCUCCUGCUCCUUUACUCCCCUGCUCCUGCUCCUUUACUCCCCUGCUCCUGCUCCUUUACUCCCCUGCUCCUGCUCCUUUACUCCCUGCUCCUGCUCCUUUACUCCCCUGCUCCUGCUCCUUUACUCCCCUGCUCCUGCUCCUUUACUCCCCUGCUCCUGCUCCUUUACUCCCCUGCUCCUGCUCCUUUACUCCCCUGCUCCUGCUCCUUUACUCCCCUGCUCCUGCUCCUUUACUCCCCUGCUCCUGCUCCUUUACUCCCCUGCUCCUGCUCCUUUACUCCCCUGCUCCUGCUCCUUUACUCCCCUGCUCCUGCUCCUUUACUCCCCUGCUCCUGCUUCCUUUACUCCCCUGCUCCUGCUCCUUUACUCCCCUGCUCCUGCUCCUUUACUCCCCUGCUCCUGCUCCUUUACUCCCCUGCUCCUGCUCCCUUACUCCCCUGCUCCUGCUCCUUUACUCCCCUGCUCCUGCUCCUUUACUCCCCUGCUCCUGCUCCUUUACUCCCCUGCUCCUGCUCCUUACUCCCCUGCUCCUGCUCCCUUACUCCCCUGCUCCUGCUCCCUUACUCCCCUGCUCCUGCUCCUUUACUCCCCUGCUCUGCUCCCUUACUCCCUGCUCCUGCUCCCUUACUCCCCUGCUCCUGCUCCUUUACUCCCCUGCUCCUGCUCCCUUACUCCCCUGCUCCUGCUCCCUUACUCCCCUGCUCCUGCUCCCUUACUCCCCUGCUCCUGCUCCUUACUCCUCCUGCUCCUGCUCCUUUACUCCCCUGCUCCUGCUCCCUUACUCCCCUGCUCCUGCUCCCUUACUCCCCUGCUCCUGCUCCUUUACUCCCCUGCUCCUGCUCCUUACUCCCCUGCUCCUGCUCCUUUACUCCCCUGCUCCUGCUCCUUUACUCCCCUGCUCCUGCUCCUUUACUCCCCUGCUCCUGCUCCUUUACUCCCCUGCUCCUGCUCCUUUACUCCCCUGCUCCUGCUCCUUUACUCCCCUGCUCCUGCUCCUUUACUCCCCUGCUCCUGCUCCUUUACUCCCCUGCUCCUGCUCCUUUACUCCCCUGCUCCUGCUCCUUUACUCCCUGCUCCUGCUCCUUUACUCCCCUGCUCCUGCUCCUUUACUCCCUGCUCCUGCUCCUUUACUCCCUGCUCCUGCUCCUUUACUCCCCUGCUCCUGCUCCUUUACUCCCCUGCUCCUGCUCCCUUACUCCCUGCUCCUGCUCCCUUACUCCCCUGCUCCUGCUCCUUUACUCCCCUGCUCCUGCUCCCUUACUCCCCUGCUCCUGCUCCCUUACUCCCCUGCUCCUGCUCCUUUACUCCCCUGCUCCUGCUCCUUACUCCCCUGCUCCUGCUCCCUUACUCCCCUGCUCCUGCUCCUUUACUCCCUGCUCCUGCUCCUUACUCCCCUGCUCCUGCUCCUUUACUCCCCUGCUCCUGCUCCUUUACUCCCCUGCUCCUGCUCCUUUACUCCCCUGCUCCUGCUCCUUUACUCCCCUGCUCCUGCUCCUUUACUCCCCUGCUCCUGCUCCUUACUCCCUGCUCCUGCUCCUUUACUCCCCUGCUCCUGCUCCUUUACUCCCCUGCUCCUGCUCCUUUACUCCCCUGCUCCUGCUCCUUUACUCCCUGCUCCUGCUCCUUUACUCCCCUGCUCCUGCUCCUUUACUCCCCUGCUCCUGCUCCUUUACUCCCUGCUCCUGCUCCUUUACUCCCCUGCUCCUGCUCCUUUACUCCCCUGCUCCUGCUCCUUUACUCCCCUGCUCCUGCUCCUUUACUCCCCUGCUCCUGCUCCUUUACUCCCCUGCUCCUGCUCCUUUACUCCCCUGCUCCUGCUCCUUUACUCCCCUGCUCCUGCUCCUUUAACUCCCCUGCUCCUGCUCCUUUACUCCCCUGCUCCUGCUCCUUUAUUCCCCUGCUCCUGCUCCUUACUCCCCUGCUCCUGCUCCUUACUCCCCUGCUCCUGCUCCUUUACUCCCUGCUCCUGCUCCUUACUCCCCUGCUCCUGCUCCUUACUCCCUGCUCUGCUCCUUACUCCCCUGCUCCUGCUCCUUACUCCCCUGCUCCUGCUCCCUUACUCCCCUGCUCCUGCUCCCUUACUCCCCUGCUCCUGCUCCCUUACUCCCCUGCUCCUGCUCCCUUACUCCCCUGCUCCUGCUCCCUUACUCCCCUGCUCCUGCUCCCUUACUCCCCUGCUCCUGCUCCCUUACUCCCCUGCUCCUGCUCCUUUACUCCCCUGCUCCUGCUCCCUUAACUCCCCUGCUCCUGCUCCCUUACUCCCUGCUCCUGCUCCUUUACCUCCCUGCUCCUGCUCCUUUACUCCCCUGCUCCUGCUCCUUUACUCCCCUGCUCCUGCUCCUUUACUCCCUGCUCUGCUCCUUUACUCCCCUGCUCCUGCUCCUUUACUCCCCUGCUCCUGCUCCUUUACUCCCUGCUCCUGCUCCUUUACUCCCCUGCUCCUGCUCCUUACUCCCUGCUCCUGCUCCUUUACUCCCUAG